AUAUUGAAGAGUUCAAUUAACAAAAUAUUUUAUUUUUAAUGGUGUAAAAAUGUGACAUGGCAGAAUGAUACUCAUCUCCAUUGCCAAAGAUCCUUUAAAAAAAAAUUACUUGACAGUUGUGCCGUGCCGCAGGUACGGCUGAAAAAUCAAAAAAAUGUAUUAGAAAAUGGCAAUGGUGCCGGCUUUGCAGACGUGGAACAUCCACGUAGCGAGUCCUUAAUUUUUCUGAUUCAGGACAUGGGUUAGAAUUUAAAUUAUUCACAGAUCUUCGUGCUAUUGCAGCGCAAAGUAGUUAUCCCCUUGACAUAUUAACUCACCUUUUCCAGCAUAUCUUAAAAUGAAAAUUUUGUAAAAUUUAAUUCAUAAUGAGGAGUCCUGGACCUGACACACAAAUUGAAGUGACUGAGGGCGAUCAGCCAACAGACGUUAAAAAAUGGAAUCCCACAAUAGACACAUCUAUUUAUAUAAAUGAUCAGAGUCAGUCAAUAUCUCAUAGAAAAAUUAUAAGGAGAUGGAACCGCUUGUCUCGUCUACAGAGAUCCAUUGUGUAUGCAGUAAUAGUUAUAGCUGCAACAGUGGGGGUUCUCUUCUAUACUGCUAGGGAAACCAAACCUGAGGAAAAAUCUAAUAUUAACCAGCUUCCUGUGGAACCAGUGAAGAAUUUGUCUCUAGUCAACGAGCCAGUCGCGGAACCAGUAUUAUCCAACAACAAACCUGCCUUUGAAAUCGAACAGAAUGAGAGACCAGUGUUUACUGGUCCCACAAACGCGAAACAGUAUGCAGUGGUGGAGAGCUUCAGGCACGCGUGGAAGGGUUACAAGACACACGCCUGGGGCCACGACAACUUGAAGCCGUUGUCCGGGAUGCCUUCCGAUUGGUUCUCGCUGGGGCUGACCAUCGUAGACGCUUUGGACACUGCAUUUAUUAUGGGACUGACCGAAGAAUUCGACGAGGGCCGCGAAUGGAUCAGCAAAGAGCUCGUGUUCACGAGGAACAAAGACGUGAACUUCUUCGAGGUGACGAUCAGGGUCCUGGGCGGGCUGCUCACCAACUACCACUACACGCAGGACGAGAUGUUCUUGAAGAAAGCGGAGGACCUAGGCGACCGUCUGAUGGCAGCGUUCAACUCGCCUUCGGGCAUCCCGUACUCAGACGUGAAUCUGGGGACGCGCACCGCGCACGCGCCCGAGUGGUCCCACUACAGCACCACGGCCGAGGUCACCACCGUGCAGCUCGAGUUCCGCGAGCUGUCGCGCGCCUCCAACAACCCGGCGUUCGAGGACGCAGCGGCAGCGGUGUCGGAGAAGAUCCACCAGCUGCCUAAGAAACACGGUCUGGUGCCCAUCUUCAUCAACCCCAACACGGGCCAGUUCCUGCCCCACGCCACGAUCACGCUCGGAGCGCGCGGCGACAGCUACUACGAGUACCUGCUCAAGCAGUGGCUGCACACCGGCAAGACCAUCAAUUAUUUGCUGGACGACUAUCUGACCGCGAUUGAGGGUGUACGAGAAUUUCUAGCGAGGCGAUCGAUGCCUAACAAGUACUUAUUCAUUGGGGAGUUACUGGCCGGUUCCGAGGCCUUCAACCCCAAGAUGGACCAUCUGACCUGCUUCCUGCCGGGCACGCUGGCGCUGGGCCACGCCAACGGGCUGCCCGACUGGCACAUGACCAUGGCCGAGGAGCUCAUGACCACGUGCUACCUCACGUACAAGGCGCACCCCACGUUCCUCGCGCCGGAGAUCACGCAUUUCAACUUGGCGAGCGCCACGUCAGACAUGUACACGAAGACAGCGGACGCGCACAGCCUGCUGCGGCCCGAGUUCAUAGAGAGCCUGUUCUACAUGUACCAGAUCACCGGCAACACUACCUACCAGGACUGGGGCUGGCAGAUUUACCAGGGCUUGGAAAAGUAUGCUAAGGUGCCCAACGGUUACACGUCUCUAGCCAACGUGAAGACUGAGAAGCCGGUGCAACGCGACAUGAUGGAGUCGUUCUUCCUCUCCGAAACGCUCAAGUACCUCUACCUCUUGUUUAGCGACGACAGAUACCUUAUAGACUUGACCAAAUACGUUUUCAACUCCGAAGCUCAUCCCCUACCUAUACACAAGUCAUAGAAUGACUUACAUACUGAUUUAUCUUUCACGGAAAUUAUGUGACCACUCUUAGGGUCAGUUGCAUCAACCAAUGUUAAAACGGACUGAUCAACGUCACGCAUCAGAGAUCGAUGAAUCUUCCCAUAUAAUACAAUUAAACGGAUGCUUACGGUGAUAGACGGUUUGAUGCAACCGACCCUUAAACCCUUAUGGACAAUUAGCACAGACUACACUAAGCCACAUUAUGUGUACAAAGAGCACGAGGUCACUACACAUCGGUGCAUUUUUACUUGUAAAGUGCUACGAUUCGAGCAUGGGCCCAUUUUCUCGAACGUAUUAGUCCACGAACUAUCAAAUCGUAUGGGUUACUAUGGCAACACUAAUAAUAUUAGUCUAAUACCAUUUGACAAAUAGGCCCAGCACAACUGACUUGUAUUCUACACCAUUUUAUAGUAUAACAACACAGUUACACCUCUAAAGCUUAUGUUUUAUACAUUUUUUUUCACGAGUAGUGAUCGUAAUUGUGCAUCUGAAAUAAGCGGCGCCUUAUGUAUAGUAACCUCGAUUGUCUCAUGUGUUCUGUCUAGACUUGUGGUUGAGGUAGUCUGCGACAUUUAGCAAGUAAGCGCGGUAAAGCACUAUCGCAUGGAGAUCUAUAUCGAAGAGGAGAGUACUUCUUCGUUGUUGACUAACCUGACUGUAUUCCCACGUGUAAGCGACGCGGUCCUUAAUACCAUUCAAAUGCUGCCAUUUAUAGAAGCCUUCAUGUACAGUCAAGUGCAAAAAUAUAAAUCGAAAGAAUCGUCUCAUAAAUAUGGUACUGUGCUCUUAUUACACUGGAAUAAGAUCCUAUGGGACAUAUUUUUGAGUAAGAUGUGUACACCCCUAUUUUUACACUUGACAGUACAGCUGAUCGCCUAGUGUCCUGCCUAAUCUUUAGUGUUGAUAGCCGAGCUUUUUUUUUUCCAUGAAGUCUGUUCGUACAAUUCUAUCGAACAUGUCUAUGGCAAAACGUGGCAGACUAUUCCGUGAUCGUUGCAAAUUUGCCAUACCAUAUGAUAAAAAUAUUAGUGCUAUUAAUGUCGUUAUUACUCUAUAUGUACAUCUAGUGAAUUUAAAAUUUGCCAAUUGUCCUUUUACCAGCGACUUCAAAACUGUCGCAGGACAUGUGAAACUAAGUGUUCGACAUUUACUCCAUCCCUAUAAUACUACUGAAUUAGGGUACUUACAUGGUUAUAAAUGUAUUAUAUACAUUUGUGUACUUGUAAACAGGACUAGGAUAAUUUUUAUAAUAAGUACAUUUAAUGCACGUAAAACAAUAUCUUAGGUAAGCUCGCCAGUGAGAUAACUCUUUAUUAUAAUAUAAUCUUACAGGUUUUAAAUUAGCUUUGUUUUUAAACACGUUUGUUAUGUUCAAAAUAUUUGUAAGGUAACACCUUUUUGCGCGCUUAAUAAUUUAAUAUUUUCAAGUACUGUUCUAAAUUGUAUGGUUGUCUUUUGGUACACCGAAAUACAGCAUUGUAAGAAUAGACCACGUACGUUUUGUAUACAUAUAAAACUGACGCACCCUUAAAUUUUUAGAAUCGGGUACAUAUUUGAACCAUACUUUUUCACCUGUUUAUAUAGUUUGUAACAAUUGCCUUCUUUCUUGAUAUGCAAGUGAGAUUAAGUUGAAUGAAAGUACGUUGAAACGUAUGGUUUGACGUAUCACCAUGUAAACAUUUUUUUUUCGAUUGCGGGACCAAUCGUUUCAUAUGGCAACGUAAUUUUUUCAUGUAAUCUAAAAUGGACUCAGAGAAAAUUACACAAUACGAUCGAAUUUGUACAAUUAGACCUUGUUUAUGAGAUGUUAUUAUUAUUAUUUUAGUUAGUUUAAUUGGUUUUCUGUUGUAACAUAUUUUUAUGAAAUUUUAUAAUGAGUUGUAAUAGUUAUUAAAAUUGUAGACAUUUGUAAUUUUUAUAUGUAAUUACCCAUAUUAACGGUACACGCUGAUAGCCCGGAGUUCGAUAAUCGAAGAAUAACGCUCUGCACGUAACUUAAUGAUAAUAGAAUAAUACUUUUUUCUAAUAAUUUAAUUUUAUAUUUUCCGUUCAUUUAUGCGGAUGAUAACUAUCGUUUAAUAUAUUUGUAUCAUAUUUUUUACCAAAAAGCAAGGCAUAACACUUAAUUUACUCUUAAGUUGUUUUUUAUUUUAUUUAAAUCUGCCACUGUCCAUGGCGUGUAAAGAUGUAUUUCUAUGUGUAUAGUCUUUCAGUAAAUUGAAUGUAAAUAUUAUUUUUACUAUGCAUUCCUGUUUUAUAAAUAUUUAGUUACCAAAAAACUAGUUAGGCAAAACAUACUGAUAUAAUGGAUAAGAUAAAUGUAAUAAAUGACGUAUCUACGUUUUUCAACAGUUUAUUUCUGUUAGUACUUACGAGUUACUAUAUUAGCUAUUAUUUUAUUUACAGUAAUUGAACGUAUACUGUUCGCUAUUCUUCCUGGCGUCACCAUGAAUACCUAUUACCUAUUGCCGAGGAAUUAUUUUUAGAUCGCACGUUCCUCAGUUAGUCUCAUUCGGUAUUCAGGCAGUCAAAUUUCGUGAGGAAUAAGUCCUAUGUUCCCCUCUGGUAUAGAUGCGUUUUUUAACAAAUGUGUUCUAAUAAGAAAUUGAGGAAACACGAAAAUGAAGAAACUUGUAUUUUCCAUAAGGCUUAUUACAUUAGUUAAACUACAAAAAUGCUAAUAUACCACUACGAAUCGCACACUACAUAAAUGAAAUUAAUGUACGUAUGUAUUAUAUGCACUAGAAAUUAAUUACAGACAUAUUUCGCAUGUAGGGAUUCCAGACUUAUUAAUUUAUUCAUUCCCUUGUGAAUACCUAUCCUUUGGUUUAAAGUGACUCGCAUAUAUAAUAACACUUUUUUUAAUCCUAGAGGAACUUAUAUACUUACGUAUAACCAAUGCCUCGAGCUUUGGGUGCCAAUAAGGCCAAUCAUAGAUAAUUUGCUUUAAAAGUACUGAUGACGAUUGACUUUAUCCCCUUUAAGAUAAAUUACUAUUUAAUAACUACAUAGAAAUGUAAUCUAAGUACUGUAGAUGCAGAAAAUUGUACGAAAAAUACUGGUACAAAAACAGUACAAUACUUGCCUAUCUUGGUAUUUUGAAAGUAUUUCUUCAUUACAGUUUCAGAAUACUUGUGAGUAACAUAUACAUAUAUUAUCUUCUUUUAUGUAUAUGACAAUAAUUGUUUAAACGAUUGUUUUUAAAUACUGGGAUGCUGCAAUAUGGAUAGCAAAUUAAAUGCAGGUUCGUCGCAUUCGCGCGCGUCGUAGGUGUUUUAUAGCAAUGUCUUGUAUACAGUAAAGUAAGAAUAAUACUUAGAAUGUAUUUAUGACUAGCCAUUACAUAUUGCUAUUGUUAUACAUCAAGGCCCCCAGACGGGCUAGCACAUGAUUAGUGCCACAGUAUCUCGCGGCGAGGUAGACUACCCGUCCCACUUUAAUUAACACAGAAAAAGAAAGUCUAUCUCGCCGCGAGAUACUGUCGCGCCAAUCAUGUGCUAGGCCCACAGGAGCGAUAUUUGACUUUGCUUUUUGACAGCUUGUGACAUCGCGGCCGUAGAUAUUCGUCAAAAUAAAUCCAUGACCUGAUGUAAUACAAUAGAAAACCUUGUCAGUGCGCUGUUGAUUUGCUACAUUUAAGGCGGGAUUGCAGUAGUGUGCGGCACAAGCAUUUGUGUACUGAAUGUGCUUGUGCCUAGUGAUGUGCCUUGGGAAUUUUCCCGCAACAAAGAAUAUUCCCAUGGGAAAUUCCCCGUUCCCGGGAGUAGUAUUUCUCAAACAGGAGAACAUUGAAACGUAGAUUAAGUGAAUUAUAAUUGUAAUGUUAGCUAACUAUAACGACAAAUAACUGCGUUUAGUAAAAUAGAGUGGUCAAAAAUAUCGAUAUCUUGAUAAUGCAAUGCAAAAGAUUUCACAAGAACCCGUCCUAAAUACUAAGUUUCUUGGUAAAAAGCUUACGGAUCUUUACUGUUCUAAUUAGUAGGUACAUACGUACUGUACCUAACUUAUUUUGACCCAGAUUAAACUGUGAUGAUUUGUAUAGUUUUUAAAGACGUAUUAUUGAAAAAAUAUUUUAGUUUUGGCCGGGGAAUAAUUCCCUUUUACUACGGGAAAAUACCCAGGAAGAAUGGGAAUUUUCCCGGUAGGUAGUACAGGGAAUUCACUUUAGCAAAUGGGAUACGGUUUUUAAAAAAGUUCAAGAUGCUAAGUGUUGACUAAAUUUCAGAUAAUAAAAUAGUAUAUCUACUUAUGCACAAUUUCAAAAUUCCCCUAAAUGGGUAAAACUCCUGGGAAUACACUUACAUAGGGAAAAUUUUCGGGAAUGGCAUAUCACUACUCGUGCCGCAAACUGGCGGAAUUUCGCCUUUAGAAAUUUAGCAAUUUUUUUUCUAUGUACAGUCACGUCUUAAAAUAUCGGUACGAAAAAUGAAGUGAAGUAAAAUAUACAUAUUUUACUUCAUCGUGACGAUGUUUUCAUACGUGACUCAAAGAGCAUAAUUAUAAUCAUUACGUUUUACGUGACUGUAUAUAACAGCCACCUGCAAAAUGUCACGUUUAACGUCGAAUACCGCUGCCGCUGCAAUUAUGUACGUUUGAAAAAUUUGUCAGACUCAUUUCCCUAACUAAUUUCUAAGGUAUAGUCCCAAUCCGAAAAAAGCAUUAAACUUGGCAAGCAUGUAGGUAGCUUAAAUUGCUUGUGCUGUUUUUUUUUCUUGCCUACAGAAUCUAGUCAUGCAUGUUAAGUUGUAUGCCUUCUUCAGGCGGGGAAUACACUUUGCAACAACCUUUUUAUUACCUUGUGUAUGCACGAUGAACCAGAUCCGAUGUAAUCUGUAGGUCUAAAUGUCGAUAGACCCAUAAACAAUUUUUGUUACUGGCUGUUUUAACUAAGUAAUAAAGAGUAAAACCAC